AUGUACAAGUUGGCUGUGGCAAUGGCCGUGUUGGCUGCCGUCGCUUUCGCACAAGAGCGCCCCAAGAUCUCCGAGGAUUUUCUCGCCGUCAUUGAUGUCGAGCGCCACGAUCGCGAGGGUCUGGUGUUUGGUCGCGGCUUCCUGGCCAGCGAUGUCGAGGCCCAAAAGGCAGCCGAGCGUUAUGAUCUUGACCUGAACUCCUCCUCUGGCGUUCACCGCGUUCUCCACGUCUUCAUGUUGCAGCGCGCCGAUCUCCACCGCGAGUACCAGAUUGACUCCGAGGACAUGCACGAUUGCCACGAGCGCGAUAUCAGCGAUCGCCUAGAAGCCCCCUUCGCCUGGGUGGAGCAUGCCUCCUACAUUGGCGAGGUUACGCACCGUGGGGUCACCCUCCAGGGCUGGCAGUUGCGCACGGCUGGUGUCCGUCUCCUCCUUGGUGUCAGCCCCAACAACACCAACACACCCGUCAUCUUUGAGCGCGAGUCUGGCUCGGAGCUGACCCGCUACUACUUUGCCGAGUUCAACGCCACUCGCCCCGAGUCAAAGAUCUUUGACGUCCCUGAGGAGUGCCACAAGAGGCUCAACCUUGGCGCCACCCCCCAGCGCCCGGACAUCACCGAGACCUUUACGGCCAUCUUCGACCUUGAGUCCCGCGAUCGCGAGAACAAGGCCAUCUUUGGCGAGGGCUUUAUGGGCCAUGAUCAGGCCGGCCAACGCGCCGUCGAACGCUAUGACCUCCACCCCCGCGAGUACCACAACUUUCAUGUCCUUGCGCUCGAACGCGCUGACAUUCACAAGGAUUAUGAAAUCUCUUCCGAGGACGCUCGCGAUUGCCACGUUCGUGAGCGCCCCGACCCUCUGGAGCCCCUCUUUGCCUGGGUCAAGGACGCCACCUACGCCGGUGUCGUCACCCACCACGAGCUUACGCUCGAUGCCUGGGAGUACCGCGUGGGCGGUGCUCGUGUCAUGCUUGGUGUGGCGGCUGGUGCUCCCAACACCCCUGUCGUCCUGGAGCGUGAGUCUUCUUCUGACUUUGCCCGUUAUUUCUUCACUCAGUUCAACGCGACCAUGCCCCCCAGCUACAUCUUUGAGAUCCCCGAAGAAUGCCAACACAAUGCCUCGACCUUUUAAGCCCACCCGGCGAGGCUAUGCAUGGGCCCAUCUAAGACGCUCGUGUGACUUUGCUUUACAUGCAAUUGAUUUCGUUUGACGUGACGGGUGUCGACAAGGGGUCAACAAAACG